CAUUGGCAUAACAGAGGAUCGAAGCAAUUGCAGAAGCGACAUCAGCACAAUGGUCCAUCAAGACGACGACCCAACAUACCCCCUCCGAUUUGUCCCGUUCGAAGACACCACCCUCGUUUUAGCCUGCCACGACUGCUCCUCUCCAAGCGCACCGCUCCUUGCCCUUUACAACGCCCUGACACUCUCGCACGCGAUACCCUCACUCUCUCACGACCGCGAAGAAGUGUCUCUAUCUUACGUCUUACGCGCGUUAACCAAUUUCCUUGUCAAUGGACAGAUGCCGGCAGAGAAGAUUGUGCAGGCAUUGCGGUGUUUGCCACACUUGGCCAGUGGUGGGACGAGUGUUAACCCGAGGUUUGAUGGUGGGUGGAAGGAAUGGGCUGAACACUCUCCAACCUCGGCUACCCAUCAUGAGAAGGAGAUCAACAUCUUCGAGGCUUUCGGGAUUCAAUUGGUCCACGGCUGGAUACCCUCUGCAGAGAGUAAAGCACUGUUCGGGGAGUUGUCACAUGAACAAGCUCUCACCCUGAUUUCCCUCGGCGAACAGACCCGGGAAGAGAAAGGUCCCGCAGACACAUUCUCACCCGAAGAAAUGCAACUCCUUGUGCGUGCGGACGCGGUGAGUGAGUUUAUCGACUCCACUCCCUCCCGAUUUACACAGAGCGGCUUGGAACAUCUACAGAAGACGUUAGAGGCAGAAAAGCCAGCCGUUCUGUGGAGGGGAGACGAGGGGUGGAGUGUAGUCGUUAAACACCGCGAAGGAGGAGGCUUAUUCACCCUCGUCACCGACAACCGAUGGGCGGGACACGAAGAAAUUGUCUGGGCCUCCCUUAACCCCGACAACUCCUCUGCACAAGUGGAGUACUUUAACACAAUGUGGAUCCCACGAGACAUCGACUCUUUCAGCCCCACAACUAGCACGACUCCGAGAGCAAAAGCAGAGGAAUUGGCUGCCAUCGCCUCACACUUUGCGAACCAAGACCGCCUGAUCUCUCAUUACCAGCAAGCAGCUCAAAUCCGCGCUAUCUCGGCCAAGAAGGAUGCCGCGAUCGAGACGAGGGCUGAUGAUAGGAUCAUUGAGGGAAGAGGAGGGGAACGAACGUUCGUUUUCGUGGAUCGGGAUAAGACGAAGAUGGGGUUGAAGUUGAAGGGGAACAAGGUCAAGGCGAAGGAUAAGGGGGAGAACGGGGCGAGAGCGGGGUGUGUUUUGAUGUAGGCAUCCGAGGAGCAAGCGAAAAGUGUGGGAGGCAGGAAGAGAGGAGGGCGGUAAUAGAUGACAUAGAUGGCGGUUUGAUACCCUUGAGAUACCACAAUAAUGAUGAUUUGAGCUGCGUACGCGGGCU